AUUGUUGAAGAAGAUGAUACUUACAAAAAUGAUAAAACAAAACCUAAAAUAAAUCAAACUAAAUAUUUACUGUAUAGUAUUUUUGUUAUAAUUUUUUUGGUAAUAUCUUCGUAUUACACUUUAUAUAAACCAGAUUAUGGUAACAUAAUUGUUAAUGCCCAACCAUUAUCAGAACCUACGAAUAUGUAUGCUGUUAUUAUUGAUGCAGGAAGUACUGGUUCAAGAGUAUUAGCAUUUGCUUUUCAAAAAACACCAGGUAAUUACUUAGAACUAAAAAAUGAAAUAUUUGUAGAAGUUAAACCAGGCUUAUGUAGUUUUGCCGAUAAUCCUACAAAAGCAGCUACAUCAAUUAAUGAGUUAUUAACCAAAGCUAUCGAUUUUGUGCCCGAACAGUAUAGGGAAAAUACACCACUUAUAAUGAGAGCAACAGCUGGUUUAAGGUUAUUACCAGUUGCAAUAUCAGAUGAAAUUCUCAAUGAAGUAAAAACAUUAUUUAAAGGUAGUCCAUUUCGUACAAAUGAAAAUUCAGUGGGGAUCAUGGAUGGUAUUGACGAAGGUCUUUUUUCAUGGUUUACAGUGAAUUUUCUACUAAAUCAUUUAAAUCAUGACGUAACAAAUACAGUAGCUGCUCUUGAUUUAGGAGGUGGAUCUUUACAGAUUACAUUUCUCCCUACUAAUUGUGAUAAAAUAAAUCAAGAUUUUAUUAUAGAGCGUCCAAUAAUGAAUAAACGAGUAAACUUGUAUAGCCACAGUUAUUUAGGGUUGGGGUUAAUGGCAGCACGAAAAAGUGUAUUUACUAUUGAUAGCGACUCGUUAAAUGUUACUAGCCCUUGUGUUCAAGAGGCAGCCAAAGAAAUACCUUUCAAAUUUAGUCAAAAUAUCUACCGUGUAACUGGCGCGUCAUCAAAAGAAGAUUUAGCUAUUGAUUACCAACAGUGUAAGAAUAUCAUUGAAACUGUAGUUAAAAAUAUACAUAUUGACAAACCCGAAGAUUUUCUCAAACAGAAAAUAGUAGCAUUUUCAUACUUUUAUGGCAAAGCUAAAGACGCUGGCCUUAUUGGCAUUGAAGGAGGUGAUGUUACCAUAAACUUGUAUUAUGAAGCAGCAAAAAGAGUAUGUUCCGAUAGAACUUAUGAUGAGCUAAAUCCAUUUAAAUGCCUUGAUUUAAUAUAUAUUUCUGUUUUAUUGGAGCAAGGUUUUGGUUUACCUGUUGAAACUACAGUUUCUUUAAUGAAAACUGUUAAAGGAUGUGAAAUAAGUUGGGCACUUGGAGCGGCUUAC